AUGCUUCUCUCCCCGUGCGUUAUGCCCAUGGAAGAAAUCCUGCCUCUUAUCGUUCGCGGCUGUAAGAAAGCCAGGGAACUCGGAGAGAACCUUCCCAGGGUGGCCAGCCAGACCCACCAGCUCUUGGCUACUUGUAAGGAGAUCGCCGCCGAGUUCAGCGACGCCGUGGACAGGCUGUCCUCUGCGCAGGCGCUUGAAGGGGAAGUUCCCGUGUCGGAUCGGCGCCGGGAAGAAGACUCGUUCGGCAGCGAGUACAUGGACGCGAUGGAUCUCCUCUACGCGCGGGGUACCGGAGAGAGGAGGCCUGCGAUUUUGCGGGCACCGCAGGAGAGGGGCGUAGGCCCGCAGGAAUUGCCGGAGCUCAGGCUGGAGAUCCCGGUCACGCCCGGUCUCAGGGCCGAGUUCGGAGCGGCCUCCGGUGAGGUCGAUUGCCUCCCCGGCUAUCACAGGCGAUCUCCGGCGAGAGAGGGGGCGUCCGGUUUCUCUGCAACGCUAGCUGCCGCUGCUAUCCAGAACUCGAGGAGGAAGAGGUAGAGAUCGCCCUUCGUAGCUGUUGUGACGUAAUUUCCGACUUGUAUUGCAUUUUGUCUCCCAGUGCAAAUGGUCAACAUUUCGAGUGCAAUCUUUCUGUCGCUACAGGAAAGACGGAGGACGGACAUCGACAAGGAGGGUGGCCGCGGUUGAAGGGAAUUUGGAUGCGCUUCCAGACGACGGCUACACUUGGCGAAAGUACGGACAAAAGAACAUCCUUCACUCGAGAUUCCCAAGGUGCAAAGUGCCUAUCACCUCUGCAAUUUUCUUUCCUAUAAUGUCGUCUCAUAAAUUUAAGGUCGUUAGUCAGAACUGUUUGUUUGAUCAGCAAACUGAUUUUGGUUUGGACGUCGCCCUGUCGGAGAUAUCUGUAAAACUCUGUGAAACUUAAUUCGAAGAAAAAAAAUUAAGCUAAUCAGAAUAAUUUCAUAUGAAAUAUUCAACGUUUCUUCUCUAUAAGCUUUUGCGUUGGAUGACCGAAGACUUGCACCCACUGUUCAGCAGGAUCUCGAGCUACGAAUAGCGGCCUCUGUAGGCUAGAUAGAGAGAGUGAUCAUAGUGGGAUAAGCGCUGGAGCAGGGUGGAAGGAUAGCUGAUCAUCUGGUUUCUGUGGCAGGAGCUACUACAGAUGCACCCACAAGAAUUUCUACGGAUGCGAGGCUAAGAAGCAAGUGCAGCGGCUCGACGACGACCCGUACACAUACGAGAUUACCUACUGCGGCGAUCACAGCUGCAGGACCUCGCCCACGCCUUAUCCCAUCAUAGACGACGCCGGCACAGGAGGAAGGGAGGUGGGCUCUGUUGCGCAGACUCAACAUCCAUCCGCCGUCUCUAUAUCCGCACUGGUGGGAAGCUGGUUUCCUGCGAAUGUCGACACCCGGAACGACGAGAAGUCCCUCGCCAGAGUCCAUGCGGGUGAGACCAGCGGCGCCGCCCAUCGGAAGGUCUCGCCGUUGCCUGGUGGGAGAGACGCCGACUGCUCCGUGGCUGAUCUUGCCGACGUCAUGUUUAACUCUCGAGGCGGCUGCAUCUUGGAUGGCCUUUUCUCUUACAAACAACAGAACUAG